AGUAUCAUAUGUGCCAAACUCGUUUUAGGCAAAGCAUCAUCAUUAUUCCACAUUUAAACUCCACUACUGUAGGGGGCAGUCAAUAUGUACAUUGAAGUCAAAUGGUUUAGCUCUAGGUAGAGUAAGACAUUUAGGGAGGAAGGGCUGUUUGCUUACAUGAACCCGAUAGGAAGUCUAUUCAUUAUGGUCUGAUGUCAGCGAAAGUUAUCAAGUAACCUAACGCAAGACAGGAGAGGCCGUUUGACAGCUGUGCGGCACUGUUUGCACGAAUAAGUACAUGUAAAGUCAUCCGUUUGAAAUACAACAUGUCAGACAAUGGCGGUGUAGUUGAUGGCCUUCUGUCUUACGAGACCCUCGUCCAUGCAGUGGCAGGUGCAGUGGGUAGCAUGACUGCAAUGAGCGUGUUCUUUCCCUUGGAUACAGCCAGGAUCAGACUGCAAGUGGAUGAAAAUCGAAAAUCAAAAUCAACACCCUUAAUCCUGGCAGAGAUAGCAAAGGAGGAGGGCGUACUGUCACUGUAUCGUGGAUGGUUUCCUGUCAUCUCUAGCCUUUGCUGCUCCAACUUUGUGUAUUUUUAUACGUUCAACACCCUAAAGAGAGCAUUGGUGAAGGGCAGAUCAAGGCCUGGCAAGGACUUGCUCAUGGGCAUUAUCUCUGGGGCAGUGAAUGUGCUCCUGACCACACCCAUGUGGGUGGUGAACACUCGCCUUAAACUCCAAGGAGCCAAAUUCAGGAAUGAGGAACUGCAGCAGACCCACUACAGUGGCAUUUUCGAUGCCUUCUCCCAGAUCAUUGCUAAUGAGGGAGUGGGCACUCUGUGGAACGGGACACUGCCCUCCCUGGUGCUGGUCCUUAACCCUGCAGUCCAGUUCAUGUUCUACGAGGCCAUGAAAAGGAGGGCAGGACAAGGGGGCAGAAGGAUUUCUUCCAUGGAGAUAUUUCUCAUUGGAGCCAUUGCUAAGGCAAUUGCAACAUCAGCAACCUAUCCACUUCAGACUGUCCAGGCCAUCCUAAGGUUUGGCCAGUACAAAGCAGAGGGCAAAGGAGGCUUGCUUGGAAGUCUUCAUAAUGUGAUGCAUCUGCUGAUGGACAGAAUCAAGAGACAUGGAGUCUGGGGUCUCUACAAAGGUCUGGAAGCGAAGCUGCUUCAGACAGUGCUAACUGCUGCCCUCAUGUUCGUUGUGUACGAGAAAAUCAUGACCGCAACCUUCAAGGUUAUGGGCCUUAACAAGAAACUGAAGCAAUGAUGAUCUCUCACCCAUGUGCUCUCUUAAAAACUAACCACUGGCAGGCUGUUUUCUCUCCACUACCUCUUCCUUUCUGUAAGAUCUCACUUUGCCUCGGGACUAGUUAUUGCUUCAUCCUCAUUGGUGACCGCAGUCACGCAAUUCACUGUUGACCAGGGUGAGUGAGAUGCUUUCUUGAAUGUUAUUUCCUAAUGGGCAUAACAUUAUUAACACCUGUCAUAUUUGAUUUAUAAUAUUUAAAAGAUGCUCUAUCUGACUAAGUGCCAGUGAGAAUUUAGUAAUUGGUGCCUCUUACGAAAUAAUCCUAAUCUGAUGACCGUAACAGCAUAGUUUACUAAAAGGAAAAUUAUUGUGUGGGGGGUAAUUUGAAUUAGGUCAGCAUGGAGCUAAGCCGGGUUGGUGGGGGCUGUUUGUUGUGUUUUUGGCACAGGGCUUAAACAAAGAAUAGGGAGUUUAUAGGAAGUGUGUGAGGGGUCAGAGAUUUUUUUCCAACGGUACUAACUUGGCCAUAACAUUGCUUUGUGUCUUAACACAUCAACAUGUGAAGGUCUAUACAGCCUAUCAGCUACAAUUUUAGAGAUAUUGCUAUCUUACAACCACACAGUGACCGUUAUCAUUUCCUCACUGAAUCACUUCCUCAUUGAUGAUCUGAUCUAGAGAUAGUCUAAUAAUUAACAAGUGAUCAUACAGAGCUUUGUCUUUCUUGUCUACAGCUAAUCAACCAUUUAUGGUGAUAAUUAAUAGAAAGAGGACAAUAUGAUGCAAUAUGACAAAUUAGACAGUGGUCAAUAUGAGUUCCAUUCCAACUAAAAAACAAAACAAAGUUGCGUCCCUAUAAGCACAGCCUUUCACACAGUUGUUAGGAUGAUUGCAACUGUUUGUGCAGUUAAUAUUGUACUACAAUGGUGCAGUUCCGCUGAAUCCAUCUAGAUCGAGAUGAGGCAAACUAGGACUUAGUUUCAGUUUAUACUGCUGGGACUGCCAACCCUUUUUACGAAACUCUUGUGGACAGGUUUUCUUGUCUGUUCUUCUGCAAAGGACAGAAUAAAGGUUGAAUUUUGCGGUCGACCCCAGAAACCAAUGCUGUUUUUCCUCUCCAUUUUAUAGCAAUCACAGUAAAUGUGAUGGAUAUUCAUGUUUCAUCAAGAUGAAGGAUGAUCAUGUUUCAUCAAGAUUCCAUUGGAAUUAUAUAAAAAAAAAGAGAGAAAUAAACCAAUUAGCUAGUCGAACUCUGGUCUGAAGAAAAUGCUAGAAAGAGUUAAUGUUAACUGGAUUGCAGUUAUGUUCUUGUAUAAUAGUAGACUGGCCUCUAAACUGUCUAAACUGAUUGAAUAAGAGAUUAGAGAUUAAAUAAGACAGUGGUUAAAGCAACUGAAUGUGCAAUUUCAUUAUGCAUUAAAAUGGUAGUUUGAUUCAACUCUAACAUAAAAUUGGGCAAAUGUGACUGAAAACGGCUAUGUCUGUUAAUGUACUGACAGAACAAGAAAGGAACAAGAUUUUGCCGAAAGGGUUUGAAAUAGUAGGUGGUGAGAUUCAUAAGCUCUGUGCAGGAUCAGAACUCGAUAACAGUUCCACUCUAUGCAGCAUUAUAGAAUUAGUCCAUUUUACAGACACAAUAGCAAAUAUGCAAUACUUACUGUGAUCAUGAUGGGCGACUUAAGAAGCCAUAUUACACUCUUCAGAAUCAUCUAGAUUUAUGCUUCCUUUAAAUGUCUUAAAAAGUGCCUCAAUACCAGGUGAUGACCAGGGAAGAGCACUGUGUUCGCACUGGGGUGGCCCAUGUACCCAAAUUAAUGUUUGUUUUUAGUGCAACUUGAUCACUGGAAUUGUUGGUCAUUUUAACCCGUCUUAUUCUCAAUGUGAGUACAUUUAAGAAAGUGUUAUCUUUGCCAGUGUUGAUACAGCAUACAGGGGUAUUUAUCCAGAGGGUGAGUAGUUGGAUAAGAAAUGCAUGUGUCUUGUGUUACUAUAAAGGUAGACUCAGGGUGUCAUUGUUGUACAUGUACGGACACAUCAGAACUGUAACAUAUACAUCUUGUCAUUCUACUUAAGAGGGCGGCAUCUUUGUCUGAAUGUGUUGUACUUUUUUGCCAAUGAAAAUAACAAACAACAAAGCUUAAUAUCUGUUAAUUUAAAUGAUUCUGUCUUUGGUCUUCCAUUGUGUGUUUCUGACUGCUCCUCUCGUGUGUCACUACUGAUGUUUUGGCACUCUGUCAAACGAUUUUGUUGUAAGCAUAACCGUCUGGGUCAUUCUGUAACCUUUUGUAAUUUGUAACAUUUGUAUAAUUUAUGAUCGUUUACAGUACUGUUUACAUCAGUGGUUCUCAACUGGUCUGGCUUUGGGACCCACAAUGUUCAUAAAGUCGCGACCCAUAUAUUGUAGCGUUCAAGCCAAUGGAUAUUGUGAGCUACAUGGUAAGCGAAGUGCCUGUAGGCCUACUUGUUUGGAACAUGCGCAUGUUUGGCAUUAGCCUACAUUUGUGAAGUCUUCAACUCUUGGAUGUCACCUUUCAAAGUACUCGACAGGUAUCACUUUGACAGGGGUGCCUUGUUUCCAUGUGGCAUUUUAGUUUUGAUGGUUUCAUGCCCUCAUGUGCCAGCCAUCUACUGCACACCACACAAUGGGAUUUUUUGUCCUAUUUUGUCCUCAGUUUAAGUGAAUCCAUAUCCGAGCCUACUGUAGGCUACUUCAAAUAUUCAGAGUAGCAGCCUACUUGCGUUUACCACUAAAAUUAUGUCUAACAUGACCUGUCACAUAAACAUUGUCUAUGUCCAUGGCAAUGACUGAUAUGUAGGCUACGAAUAAAGUUUAUCAAAAUAAAAGGUCCAAUAUUAGAUCUGAUAAGGUAGCA